AUGGCAGAAAGCAAUUGCACUCAAGUGACUGAAUUCAGUUUAAUGGGGUUCCCAGAUGAUCCAGUGAUUCAGGUUACCCUCUUUCUGAUGUUUCUGCUUAUCUAUCUUGUCACCAUCCUGGGGAACCUGGGGAUAAUCACAUUAAUCAGGACCAGCCCUCAACUCCACUCCCCCAUGUGUUAUUUCCUGGGCAAUCUGGCUUUUGUGGACAUCUGUUCUUCCACAGUCAUCACCCCCAAGAUACUGGUUGACUUUAUGUCAGAGGAGAAGAGUGUUGCUUAUGCUGGGUGUGUAGCUCAAGUGUUCAUUUUUGAUAUUUUGGGGAUUGCUGAAUGUUUCCUGCUGGCUAUGAUGGCAUAUGACUGUUACAUGGCCAUUUGUCAUCCCCUGGUAUAUUCAGUUGUUAUGUCUCUAAGACUCUGUUUCCAGCUGAUGGUUGGGUUGUCUGUUGGACUGAUGAACGGCAUAGGUCACACCAUGGGCAUAUUAAAUGUAUCCUUCUGCGGCUCCAAUGUCAUUAAUUUGUUUUUCUGUGACAUCUCUCUUCUGAUUUUACUCUCAACUUCUGACACCACCCUCAACUGCAUCAUUCUCACAACUUCUGCUAACUUACAUGGUGUUUCCAGCAGUCUCAUUGUCCUGAUCUCCUACAUUGCCAUCCUCUCCACUGUCCUGAGGAUCCACUCAGCCAAAGGCAAAUGCAAAGCCUUCUCCACCUGUGCCUCACACCUGACUGUUGUGAGCAUCUUCUAUGGGACAGCCUUCUUUAUUUAUUUAAAACCAAGCUCAGAAAAAUCAAGAGGAGGAGACAAAUGGGCUGUGGUGUUCUAUACAGUGGUGACUCCCAUGCUGAACCCCUUGAUCUACAGUCUGAGGAAUAAGGAAGUGAAGGAGGCUCUGAGGAGGAUCACAAGAAUAAAAUAA